UUCCCUUCAUAUUCCCCAUCCUUAAACACUUGUACUUUUAGCUCUAAGCCAAGUAAGAUUUUGGGAAUAUCAAAAUGGCCUCAAAAAGAUCAGCUUCCAUGGCCCUCUUUUUGGCACUCAACAUUCUCUUCUUUUCCCUUGGAAGUGCUUGCACCUCCUGCCCUUCCACCAACCCUAACCCUAAUCCGAGGCCGAACCCCAACCCUACCCCAACUCCAUCUGCAAGAGGCAGAUGCCCCAGGGAUGCCCUUAAAUUAGGUGUCUGUGCCAAUGUGCUUAACUUGGUCAAUGUCGUAGUUGGUUCACCCCCGGUACAGCCAUGCUGCGCCCUUCUCCAAGGCCUCGUCGACCUCGAAGCUGCGGUUUGCCUAUGCACCGCACUCAGAGCAAACGUGUUGGGCCUCAACCUUAAUAUCCCAAUUUCACUUAGCUUGCUUCUCAACGUUUGCGGAAGGAGUACUGGCUUCCAAUGCUAAAUUCUCAGUUUUCGGUAUCUUCAUCUUUGUCACGGUUUCCAUAAAUUUCAGUAAAUCAGGGUAUUCGAUUGUUGCUAUAAUCUCCUACUGGGAAGUGAUGUUGAAUAAGUCUAAUACUUUUCUUCAAGUGUCCUUGGAGAUUUCUGUUGUAUCUCUAAGGAACAUGAAAAGACAUUGUAUUUAAUUAUGAUCCUUCUUGUUUCUUUAUCCAUUUAUCAAUAAGAUGCCUAAAGUUAGUUAUAUA